AUCAUUUCCUUUGCAAUGACUAUCAUUAUGCUGUCAACUACUUGUCAAAACUAUUGGGGGUUUAAUCCCUAUAUAAAUUAAUGCACCCAAACACAACAAGCUCAAGAUCGGUGGAAACCUCCACUUGGGGUAAAUUUCGAGUGCAUCUUUGGCCAAUGUAGCUCAACUCUCUCAGAAUAUGAGUCGUCACUUAUAAUCAUGAAUUGGUGAAGAAACGUAGGAGCUGGAGGUAAUUUAUCACUGAGGACUGCCGAGGCUUUCUUAUUAAGUUUAUAAUAUUAAUUUCUAYUGAGAAGCUUACGGUAUUUGAUUAGCAACGAGGUGCAAGCUGCCAGACAAAGGAACCGGUGAAAAUGCCUUGUGAGUUUGUUCCACGAACAGUAAAUAACACGUACAUAGCUUUGGAGCUAGAAGUUAAUAAACCAGAGAAGAGAACAAUGUACGAACAGAAACUCGAAUUUAGUAGGCCUAUUACUUCGGGUUAUUCCGUAGAAAGAGGAAGACUUCAUGGAAGACCCCAAGAAGAAUGUUGUCGGGAAGAUAAGAAAUUCAAUCCUAAAAUGUUCUCUAAGGAGACUCAGUACCAAGUAUUUGGUUACAGAACUUUACCAAGAGUUUUCUCGGCUUUAGGAGAUUUUGGAGUCAUCCAGGAAACCGAAUCUGCAAUUGAUGAUGUCUGUGUAUCGUCUGAAAGGGACUUAGUGCCUCCUUUGGAGCAAACUCUCAACCUGAGGCGUAAAAGUACAGCAAAUGUUACCUCCAAAACAAGACUUGACGUUAGCUGGCUCACCUCUUCUUCUUUGCCUAAAAAUAAUCACAGACGAAGUUCUGAGGGGUCACUACUCGUUUCCGCUCGAGAAGAUCUAAGAUUGGGCGAAUAUCGAAAUKACUCCGAACGCAUUUUGAGCGAUCACCGAAGCGAGAGAAAGGACAGUAUUGAUAUAUUGGAGCAGAUCAACAACACAGGAGAGUCUGGAUUACUCAAUGAUUACUCUCGAAGGUCGUCAUUUACGGCAAUGAACACUAUACCAGAGAAUUUAAGUGACUCUCAGCGCUUUUAUAGCCUUCCAAGAAAGUUCAGUUUACCGGUUGAAAACCGCAAGCGUACAACGAACAGAAAUGGAAAGAAGCAAAGAAAUUCGUUCCCCGAGAAUCCAAGUAACUCAAGAACGUUUGCWUUAGAUGAGGACACAGACGUCCAAUGGAAGAGGUUAGUUGCUAGAGCAAAGGAUUUUCAAAAACUUUCAUCGAGAGAACCGCCUGGGACUACACAAUCGAAAGUAGAGGAAACGGACGAGGUGAAAAUGAGAAUCGAAGCUACAGGUUUUCACACCAAAAGUGUUGAUMAAAAUUGUGGAAAUGUGUGUGAUAUCGAAGCAAAAGAGAACGAUGAGUCGGCGGAGACAUCUCAAGAAAAUUUAAACGAGUCUUCAAAAAGUCCAGAUGAAACCGAAGACGAGGGAAAUUCCAGUAUUUCGGAUCCUUUGAAAGUAAAGGAAGUUGCAAAGUCGGGUCAAGUUGACUUAACUGUCAAAAACGUCCCUAUGAAACAUGACUUUGAUCCUCAAGUCCAAAUGGACAAAAAUAGUCGUCGAUAUUCUUUGGCGACGGUUCGUCCUCCACAGGAAGUAAAGGAAAAAAUCUCGGGUUAUAGUACUCAUGGAGCUUUAGAAUAUGCUAAGAUGUUACUAGGAAAAAUACAAAGCGAGGGGAAAACAAAGAGCAAGAAAGAACGCUUGGACGAGAUGAGUAAAGCCUUGAAAAUGGUUUUGGAGGAGUUGAACCGUAUCGAUCUGCCAGACAGGGAACUAGUGAGCCUCUUUGUAAGCUUAAGAGACAAAAUUUUCAUCCUUAAAGCUGAACUAAAGGCAGAUGAGAAACAUGAACUUAAAACAAAUGACAAACAUGCAGAAAAUGGUGUAACGGAGCUGUCAAAGUCUUUACCUCCUAGAGUAAGGAGUAACUCGGAAAGUGUCAUUACGCAACCAAACUUUCGACGAUUUAGUUGGUGCUAAUAAUGUAAACUGUUCCAAAUAAUUUGAAUUUUGAGUUAUAAUUUUAUUGACGAAUAUUAAGGAAUUUUAUUAUUUAAACAAGAAUUGAAUCGAAAAAACUUGUUGCUCUAGCGAGAAGAUUAAACUUGUUUUGUACAACAAGAAAAAUUUAUAUUAUUUUCAAUCAACAAAAAAGUGAAUAUGGGAAAAAUAUAAAUCAAAGUAAAAACUAACUUUUGUAAAAAUUCCUUUAACAGUAAUAAAUCACAAUAUAUUUUUUA